CCACCACCACCUUAGCCCCUAGCUGCCCUGGUUACCGUUGGUGCCUCGGUACUCCCCUCUCAUAGCCCCGCGACACUACUUAGCUGGGGUAGAGCCGUUCGUCCCUGUCACGUGGGACGGGGGUAGGGAGCCGCAGAAGGGGCUCGCGCUUGGUCACUUGCUCUCUCGUUCGCCCGCUCGGCCCCGUGCUCGGGCUCGCCGGCUGGGCUGGGCUGAACGGGACGCGCGGGGCCGGCUGACUGGAGAAGGGAGUAGCGCCCGGGUGGGGCGCGCGCGGAUAAAAAUGGCGAAAUGGGGUUAGGCGGCGUGGAAGCAGGAGCGACGGGGCGCCGAGGUGGGACCGGGUACACCCGAGCUCCGUAAUCCUCACCCCGGGCAUCUUGCUGUUCUCUCUGGCAACCGGACCUGGCGACCUGGUUCUGACACCUGGUGGGGGAGAAGGACGGACUCCGCGGGGUACCGCGGGGCCUGGCGGGAGCUGGAGGCAAUGGAUGAACAGAGUGUGGAGAGUAUUGCUGAGGUUUUCCGAUGUUUCAUUUGUAUGGAGAAAUUACGUGAUGCACGUCUAUGUCCACAUUGCUCCAAGCUUUGUUGUUUCAGCUGCAUUCGGCGUUGGCUGACAGAACAGAGAGCUCAAUGUCCUCAUUGUCGUGCUCCCCUUCAGCUCCGAGAACUGGUAAACUGUCGUUGGGCAGAAGAGGUUACCCAACAGCUUGACACCCUUCAACUUUGUAGUCUCACCAAACAUGAAGAAAAUGAAAAGGACAAGUGUGAAAAUCACCAUGAGAAGCUUAGUGUGUUCUGCUGGACUUGUAAGAAAUGUAUCUGCCAUCAGUGUGCACUUUGGGGAGGAAUGCAUGGUGGACACACUUUUAAACCUUUGGCGGAAAUUUAUGAGCAACAUGUCACUAAAGUGAAUGAAGAGGUAGCAAAACUUCGUCGACGACUCAUGGAAUUAAUAAGCUUGGUUCAAGAAGUGGAAAGAAAUGUAGAAGCAGUACGAAGUGCAAAGGAUGAACGUGUUCGAGAAAUUAGGAAUGCAGUGGAGAUGAUGAUUGCACGUUUAGAUACUCAGCUGAAGAAUAAACUCAUAACAUUAAUGGGUCAAAAGACAUCUCUGACACAAGAAACAGAACUUUUGGAAUCUCUACUCCAGGAGGUGGAACAUCAGCUGCGCUCAUGUAGUAAGAGUGAAUUAAUCUCUAAAAGCUCAGAGAUCCUCAUGAUGUUUCAGCAGGUUCAUAGAAAGCCCAUGGCAUCCUUUGUUACAACUCCAGUUCCACCAGAUUUUACAAGUGAAUUAGUGCCAGCUUAUGAUUCAACUACCUUUGUUUUAGAGAACUUCAGCACUUUGCGCCAGAGAGCAGAUCCUGUUUACAGUCCACCUCUUCAAGUUUCGGGACUUUGCUGGAGGCUCAAGGUUUACCCAGAUGGAAAUGGAGUUGUGCGUGGUUAUUACCUCUCUGUAUUCCUGGAACUCUCAGCUGGAUUGCCAGAAACUUCCAAAUAUGAGUACCGUGUUGAGAUGGUUCAUCAGUCCUCCAAUGAUCCUGCCAAGAAUAUCAUUCGAGAAUUUGCAUCUGAUUUUGAAGUUGGAGAAUGCUGGGGUUAUAAUAGAUUUUUUCGUUUGGACUUACUUGCAAAUGAAGGCUAUUUGAACCGGCAAAAUGAUACAGUAAUUUUAAGAUUUCAAGUGCGUUCACCAACUUUCUUCCAAAAAUGCCGGGACCAACAUUGGUAUAUUACUCAAUUGGAAACUGCCCAAACUAGCUAUAUCCAACAAAUUAAUAAUCUUAAAGAGAGACUUACCAUUGAACUUUCCCGUUCCCAAAAAUCAAGAGGCAUGUCACCACCAGACACUCACCUUAGCCCUCAAAAUGGUGAUGGUCUUGAGAUGAGAGCUAAGAAAGCAGGAUCAAGUUGUGAAUUACUUCUUGAGGGUAUACCUGCUACAGCUUCAGUAAGAGAGGCCAAAGAUGAUGAAGAGGAUGAAGAAAAGAUCCAACAUGAAGAUUAUAAUCAUGAGCUUUCAGAUGGAGAUCUGGAUAUAGAUCUUGUUGGAGAAGAUGAAGUAAACCAUUUAGAUGGUAGCAGUUCUUCUGCCAGUUCAACAGCUACUAGUAAUACUGAAGAAAAUGAUAUUGAUGAAGAAACUAUGUCUGGGGAAAAUGAUGUGGAAUACAGUAAUAACAUGGAAUUAGAAGAGGGAGAACUCAUGGAAGAUACAACUGCUGCUGGAGCUUCAGGCAGUAGCCAUGGUUAUGCAAGUGCAAGCCGCAGAGCUUCAAGGCGAGCUGGAAAUACAGGGUCUACAGCUAGUAGCAGUUUAUUAGAUAUUGAUCCCUUAAUUUUAAUACACUUGUUGGACCUUAAGGACCGGAGCAGUAUGGAAAAUUUAUGGGGCUUACAGCCUCGUCCACCUGCUUCACUGCUACAGUCCACAGCCUCAUAUACCCGAAAAGAUAAAGAUCAAAGGAGACAACAGGCAAUGUGGCGAGUGCCUCCAGACUUGAAGAUGCUGAAGAGACUCAAAACACAAAUGGCUGAAGUGAGAAGCAAGAUGUCUGAUGUCAAAAACCAACUAUCAGAAGUAAGAAGCAGCAAUGCUGGGUCCUGUGAUGUCCAGUCCAACUCUUUUUCUGCUGAUCAGGUAUCUUUGGCUGCCUGUACGACAGAAAGCUGUGGCAAAUUACAGGAUCUGGGAAUGGAACUUCUGACCAAGUCAUCAGUUACAAGUUGUUACAUCAGGAAUUCCACAAAUAAGAAAAGUAAUUCUCCCAAACCUACUCGAUCUGGUACAGCUGGAAGUUUGUCACUAAGAAGAGCAGUGGAUUGUGGGGAAAACAAUCAUCGCCCAAAGGGAGACUGUCAGACUUCCUCUGAAGGGUGCCCUGGAAGCUCACAGUCUGGUAACAGACAUAGCCCACCCCGGGCCUUGACUCAUGGCAACAUCUGUGAGGUGCUGCCCAAAACAGAAGACAGACAGUGUGAAGUUUUGGAUCCAGAUGUUCUGAUUGUUGCAGGUUUAAAUGGCUUACCUGUUAUGGAGAAGACAAGAAAAAUGGUCACAAUGGGGUCUAAUGCUAAAGGAUGUCGCAUAGAAGGAACACCAAUUGCUGAUAUGGAAAACAAUUCUGAAACUGGGGAGUUACAAGCCAUACUUCCUGAAGGGGCUUCAGCUGUGCCUGAAGAAGUUCUCUGUCAGAAACAUGUUCUUAGACUCCUACCAGGAAUGAGCAGUGAUAGUGAUGUUGAGUGUGACACUGAAAAUGAAGAGCAGGAAGAGAAUGCUCCUUUGGAUGGAUUUAAUGACUCCUUCUUGGGACAGCCCUCAGGAGAAGAUACAUGUUCCAGUUUUCCUGAAGGUGAUCAAAUAGGCCCUGAAGACCUCAGUUUCACCACUGGCGAGAGCAGUGGAAGGUAAUUGCCAAACCAAGGGUAUUGGCUUUGAGUUAAGGUGACCCUGAAAUUUGCAGUAGAUGGUGACUGAAGUUUCUCGUCAGAGCCAGGAAUGAUCGAAUGUGAUCUUUGUUUGCUGCCACUCUCUCCACCUGCAAUGUUAUUCCUGAAACCGUGACAGAAGGGUGUGGAUUGAGUGCAUACUGCAGAGAAGAAUCAGUAUGGGAAGAGUUAUAUGUGUAACACAAUGAUAGAGUAGUUCUAGAAGUUAAUAAACAACCUGCAUUCACAAAUGGCAGUUUUUCUACAACUGAAAGGAGAUAAAUUGCCAGAAAUUAUUUCCAUCUUCCUAUCUUGUUUGGUGCAUGCACUCAUUAACCUACUCAGUGUUGAUACUGUCCCUUUGGUGUUCUCUUCAGUAUCUGUGUUUAGAUGACCACCUUCCUACUGAUAGCAUUUAAUCAGCAGUUUAUUCAUGCCUGUUAUUUAGUGACCAAGAAAAAAUUACUUAGGAAUAGAUUUUGUACUACAGGCUCUUUAUGUGAAUAAGUGGAAUAACCCUAACCACCCUCUGAUGGGGCAGAUUGACUGAUGGGAACUAAUUGGAUUGCUUUCGUUUGAAAAUGCAGGUGCCCUAAUCUAGUUGCACAAAGUGAUUGCAUUGUGCAGCUUUUUUCAUAGGUCAUUUGUGACCUCUUGGAGAAUUAGGCAAAUUUGAGAAGGUUUUCCUCUUAGUGCUCUCUACUCUUAGAAAACGGUAUAGUCAUAGCUCCUACUCUUUUAAGUGUUGAUCCCUAGUUAGAGGAUUCAGGUAAUUCCAUUUCUUUUGUCUCUUAACAUGUUUAACAGAUAUUGAGAAAAUCUCCCUGACUCUGUUUUCAUUAAUUUAAUUUUCUGUAGAUUUAAAGGUUCAAAAAUGUUAGUGAUUGUCAAAUCCUAGUGUAGAAUUUUCUUCCUUUUCUCAUUUUUGGACCAAUUUUGGGAGAAAGUAAUUGCCAAACUUAUCCUUGAGGAAUGGUGUUUGUAUUUGAGCUGCUACACUGACUGUGAAAACUACAUUGAAAAUUGAGUAAGAGGCUACUGAAAAGGAUAAAUAACUGUAUAUAAAUGUUUGAAAGGAAGGCUUUUAAUCUCAUGUUUUAGCUAAUGAAAAUUGCUUUUUGGUGUUGUGUUAUCAUUCAUGGUUCUUUGUUCAAAACAGUUUGCACUUUUUGUUAAUAAAAUGACCUUGAGAAAAUGUAGUGCUUAUGGUUAUUGAAGAAGUCAGAAGGCAUGUUCUCCUCUAGUCACCUGGAUUAAAAGCUUCUUUGCUUUGUGUAUGUUGAGUAAGCACAUAAGGAGGUGAGGAGUAUUUUCUAAGUCUGUGAUGUAGCUACUUACUGCAAGAGUCUCAUUGAGCUAGAUAGACAUAAUCUAGGGCCUAGCUUCUUAAACUGUGGAUCUUGACCUCUUAUGACACAUAUAACUAAAUGUGGGGGUUGUGAAAAAUUUAUCAACAGUAAAAGGGCCCGCGCGCGUGCACAUACACCCUGUUUUAUAUGCCUGUAUACCUGGGGUCAUGUAAAAAUUUCUCAGGCACAAGUGGAAAAAGUUUAAGAAGAAGCCCUGCUCUAAGCAAUAUAAUCCUAAGGCCUGGAAGUUACUCAUUAUUUUCUUUGCACUAUUUUCACUCUAUAGUUAAUAUGUUCUUUUCAUGGGGUUAUUUUGCAAAAUAUUACAGAUAGACUCAUGUUUUUAGUUCAUUAGAUUCAGAUUUUGCCUUCAAUACAUUUUGGCUCGUAGGUACUUUAACUGUGUCUUCUCUCCACACACAUACAUAUAUAUAAUAUAUUUACAUAUACAUUCUACAUGUAUGUAUGUCAUCUAGAUAAUAGAUGACAAACUUUACACAACAAUUCAUCAUCAUCUUCCAAAGCUACUCUUUUUCUGAAAAAAUAAAACUGACUGGCUAGAGGAGGAUUAAAACAAAAUGUAAUCAAAUGCAAUUCUCUCCCCCCCCCCCCCAAAUAUAGCUGACUACUCAAUUAGUUGUCUGGGUCUUUCAUAAUUGUUGGGCAAAUUAUGACUUGAUCUCUGUUUAUUCUAGCAUUGAUUGCUUAUCCAUGCAGUUUACAUUCAUCAGAUUUCUCAUAAUUGUAGAGAUAACUGACACUUACACACUACUUAACAAUUAAGAGAACAUUCUUAUAUGCAUGUGUGUGUGUGUGUGUGGGGGAGUUUAUAUCUAUUCUCCUUUGUUCCUCACGAUAGUCUUGUGAGGUAGAAGUAGUGAUGUUAUUAUCCCUAUUCUUAUAGAGGAGAGAACUAGAGUUUAGAGAGACUAUUAGCUUGCUUAAAGUGUGGCAGCUAGUGUAAGUGUGGAUUCAAACCUAGGUUCCCUGAUUCUAAGUAUAGUGUUCUUUCCACUCCCACACUUGCCACCCAAUUUGCUUGUGUUGUCUGAAAUUUUCCUAAUGUUUAGUGAUGUUAUAAAAAACAAUAUUGGAUUUGGAGUCAGCAAACCUUUGGUUUGAAUCUUGCUUCUGUCACUAACUUUUCAGCCUUCAGCAGGUCACAAUUAAGAGGUUUCCAAACUCUCAAUUCCCUUAUCUCUAAAGUGAGGAUUAUUUAAUAUGUCUGUACCUUGCAGGGUUAAGAGGAAAUUGGUUUGUAGACCAUAACUUGUUAGAGAAAUUUAGGUGGUUAUUAUUGUUAUACAUCUGUGAGAAGGGGAUUUGUGCCCAGUUGGGCAGAUAAGAUAGGAAGUGGCCCUCAUCACAGUAAAUUCCCAAAACCUUUCAUGACAGUUCUUAACAUUGUUUUCUUAGGCUAUUUAAUCACCAUUCCAUGUUCUUGUCUUAGUUCAGCAUUCUGAAUCCCUCUUUUACCAUGAAUGUGUUAAUAUCCGUCAAACCCUGAAAUUUAAUAAAGAUAAUAGAUCCAUCAAAA